GAUGACGUGGAUGUUUGCUACGUGUUCAGGAAGUUAGUGCAUCCAGUCAACAUGGCGUCCCAGCAACAGAGUGAAAUUGAUGAGCUGUUUGAUGUGAAAAAUUCCUUUUAUAUCGGCAGCUACCAACAAUGCAUCAACGAGGCACAGAAAAUCAAGCCAUCAAGCCCAGAGAAAGAAGUCGAGAGAGAUGUGUUUUUGUACAGAGCUUACAUUGCCCAGAGAAAGUAUGGUGUGGUGUUGGAUGAUAUCAAACCCAGCUCUUCAGCAGAACUUCAGGCUGUCAGAAUGUUUGCAGAAUAUCUUUCUAAUGAGGCCAAAAGAGACGCCAUUGUGGCCGAGCUGGAUAAGAGGAUGGGGAAGAGCGUUGAUGUUUCCAACACCUCUUUCUUGCUGAUGGCGGCUUCCAUUUACUUCCACGACUCCAACACCGACGCAGCCCUGCGCACGCUGCACCAGGGAGAGAGCAUGGAAUGCAUGGCGAUGACGAUACAGGUAUUGCUGAAGCUCGACAGGCUUGAUUUGGCACGCAAGGAGCUGAAGAAGAUGCAGGAGCAGGAUGAAGAUGCUACCCUCACUCAGCUUGCCACAGCCUGGGUGAACCUGGGGAUGGGAGGUGAGAAGCUGCAGGAUGCCUACUACAUCUUCCAGGAGAUGUCUGAUAAGUACUCCCCGACUCUGCUGCUGCUGAACGGGCAGGCGGUCUGCCACAUGGCACAGAACAAGUGGGAGGACGCAGAAGGGGUGCUGCAGGAGGCACUGGACAAGGACAGCAGUCACCCUGAGACUCUCAUAAACCUCGUUGUACUGACACAGCACCUCGGGAAGGCUACAGAGGUAACAAACCGCUACCUUUCUCAGCUGAAAGAUGGACACAAGGGGCACCCUUUUGUUAAAGAAUACCUGGCAAAGGAGAACGAGUUUGACCGGCUGGCAAUGCAGUACGCUCCCAGUGCGUGAGAAUUCAGGGGUUACCCAUCCUGAAGCUUGCAGCAUUGGACCUUCCCAAAUUCAACAGCAGGAAGUGUGCAAAACCCAGAGCUCUACGAAGGAUUUCUUUUUCUUUUUUUUUUUAUUCUUAACUCAAGAGCUGAUUUUUGAUUUGAGUAAUAAAAAUAAAAAAAUACAGUGUUUGUCACAUUUUAAUAUAUUGGCUAUUUCUACCUAAACACAUACACCAGGAGAGAGCCUAUACAGGGCACGGGCUGUGAGUAUAUAUUGCUGGCCAAUUGCACUGAGCGAUAUCAUCAUUACAGAGGACUGUAUACUGUCUGAAUACCUUAACGUAAGCAUUCCAUGUCUAUUCUAAUUACUAACAAUAAAAACUCAACUUGGA